AUUGAAUUGGUCAGUGAGAAUGCUGGGGUACUGUGGUAAAAGAAACAGAGGGAAAAAAGUAAAAAAGUAAAAGCUUCCUAUGAGAGCAGGCAUUUCAUAAUUUCAUUGAAGCUCAGACUGUCAGAUACCAACUCUUACACUAAUAAUAAUAGUUUUCUCUUUUGGUUUUUUUGUCUUUUCAAUCCACUAACCAUUUUACUUUUAUGGGUUUCAGUAGAGUUGUCAGAGACAAGAGCUGCCAUUGAAGCAACUUAUCUGCAAUCUCAACAAAACAACAGAGAUGUGACAGUCAACAUUGAAACACCUCUCUCUCUUCCUUCAUGAUUUCAACUGUCAGUGAAUAGAAAGAAAAAAGAAGAAGAGAGAAAAUACCAUGGUAUGGCAUGGCAGCAUCAUAAUCAGAACCAUUAGUUUUCAAUUUUCAUCCAUGUUAAGAAGGUUUUUGCAGCGAAAAUGGUCCCUCAAUAUAAAUAUACCUACUCUACUACAAUUGCAGGCUUCUCAAGUAAUAUAAUAAAGUACUCUUAUUCAUAUUUAUGUUCUCUCUUUCAUUGAACUUUGAGGUUUCUUACUACCUUUGCUUGAAUGAUAAUGAGUGGAAGAAACAGAUACCCUUUUACUGCAACUCAAUGGGAAGAGCUUGAACAUCAAGCUUUGAUCUUCAAGUAUAUGGUCUCAGGCAUUCCUAUACCACCUGAUCUCAUCUUCACCAUCAAAAGAAGCUUCUUGGAGGAGUACUCAUUUUCUUCCAGGCUUUUCUCUUACCAGCCUCAACAUGUUGGAUGGAGCUGUUUCAAGGGGAGAAAAAUGGACCCAGAGCCUGGGAGGUGUCGAAGAACUGAUGGGAAAAAAUGGAGAUGCUCGAAACAAGCUUACAGUGAUUCGAAGUACUGUGAAAGGCACAUGCAUAGAGGCAAAAACCGUUCAAGAAAGCCUAUGGAACCUAGAGCUACAACAAUGGCGAACACUUCGACAGCAACUCAAAGCUUGUCCUUAAGCUUGUCUUCCUCCGACAAUCAAAACGACCGCCAUGGAAUUGGUUACACCGGUUAUCAGUCUCAGCUCAAUGAUCCCUUCAUGUAUCCCCAUUCCUCAAGAGCUGUUGGCACUGGACUGACACUUCAAGCACAUACCACUGAGCCUUGUAGGAGCUUCUCAGGUUCAUCAAUGGAGGAUUCGUGGCAAUUUACACCAUUAACAACGAGCUCAUCUUCUUCAAACCAUAGGCCAAUCCAUCAUUUCUUUGAUGAAUUGCCGCCAAAACAUAGAGACUCGUCAUGGUUUGAUUUGUUUGAUAAAUCAUCAAACAGCUCAUCAUCACCUUCAACAACCAGGCUCUCAAUCUCCAUCUUCAAUCCAAGAUCAGAUAAUGGUGGUUGAAUAUCCUAGUUAUGACCUUUCUGCAGUUAGAGGCCAAGAAUUUACUCAGUGGGGAUCACUCGUUUCACUGAAUUCUUACUGUUUUAGUCUCUUAUUUAUCGUUUUCUUUUGGCUUUUGUUGGUGGUGUGUUUUUAAUGAAAACAAUGAACUCCAUCUUUCUGGUUACUGUUGUUCACUGCAACAAAAUUUAUAGUUCAUAAAUAUAUGAUUGAAUGACUCCUCCAAAUGUGCUGAUUUGUAGUUCUGUGCUUUAAUUUCAAGCA